CACAACUGGGACCGUUUGUUGCCAACAAGAGGUAACAGGAGAUAAAAUACAUGGAAAUUGACAUAAAGCGACAUCAAACUGUAAAUGUAUCUGCGACAAUAGCUUUUAAAACUUUUUCGAUUUCUAUUUAUACAAGUUUAGUUUAAGAAAGCUGUUGCUGUUAACUUUACCUGCGUCAAUAUUACUCCUCGAAACCGUCAACAUGGCGGCUGUAGACAAGCUGAAAGAACUAAACAUCACCGUGGAUGAAAUCGACAGACUGUCAAAAGCUUUCAAAGACGAGAAAUUCAAGAAGAUGCUGUUCGAUUACGCCCAUGAGUUAUCUGACCCUGAAAAUAAAAAAAGGUAUGAAGAGGAGAUCAAACUUCUGGAGCAGGAGAGAGGAAACACGAUUGAAUUCAUCCACCCGAAACCGUCCAGGGUUCUCAAGACGAGUGUGAACGGCAAGCAAAAGUGUUUUAUCAACAUCUGCAGCAAUGACAAAGUUGGGAAACCUGAACGUAAAUUGGGGGUGUCCGAGGAAGGGCGCAGGGGACAAUGCUGGGCCCUGCCCCACAGUCUGCACCCAGGGAGGCAGGACACAGAUCCAAAGGGGAACAAGAUCAUGAUCUAUGACGUCAUCUUCCAUCCUGACACUCUCCACCUUGCGAGCAGAAACAGAGGAUUUACCAAUAUGGUGGACAGCACAGCCAUUCAGGGAAUCCAGGAUAAUUUUAAAGUGACUCUGGAUAAAAACAACUUGAGGGAGAUCAAAUCAAAAUACAAAGGCCUGCCACAGCCCUGUGUCAUCCGAAAACCCAUACCUGGUUAUAAAAUGCCAUCAGAGGAGCCAGACCCUCUUGCAUUCCCAUACCCAGAUGAAAAGAGACCUACCCCGCAAACUAAGCCCCCAAAAUCACUUGCAUCAAAAAACAUAAACGAGGCUACACCUAAAAGCAUCCCGCCUCAGAAAGUUAAAGAGCCUACAAAGCCAAACUACACCGUUAAAUAUCGAUCGUUUACGGAUAUACAGGACUUCAGAUAUGCUCGAGACUCGGCCCAAAGCCCCAGGCCCAAAGAGAUAGUGGUUACCAUCGACAUGCCUCUUCUGAAGGCCGCCACAGAGGCCAGCCUCGAGGUGAAAGAGUGUCGGCUGAUGCUGCUGGAGUCCAAGGAGCCAGCCUAUAGACUGGAGUUGCCCUUAGCUUAUCCUGUGGAUGAAGAUAAAGGAGAGGCCAAGUUCAACAAACAGAAACAACAGCUCACAGUCACACUGCCCGUUCUCCCUUCUAAGGAAGCUUUUGAUUUUCAUCUAGGGCCUGCUCAGAGUAGUGUUAGUGAUGAUGAGAGGCAAGAGGAGAAUACUGAGAUGGAAGAGGAGGACAAAUGCAUUGAGGAGGAUUUGAGAAACCAGACAAGGGAGGAGGAAGUUGAAGAAGAGAGAGGUCAGGAGAUAGGAGAGGAGCAGAUGAGCGAAGGCCAGGAAUCUGAAGGAGAGAAGGAUACGUGGAGAAAGCAGAAGAGGGAAGGAGAACAUACUCAAGAAGAGGAAAUCAGUGUGGAGGAGGAGGCAGAAUGCAAAGAAGUGAAAGAAAAAGGCCAAGAAGGUGUGGUGGAGGACACAUUGAAAAAGCAGAAGGAAGCAAGUCUAAUAGAAGUUGGAGACUUUAACCUAGAGAAAAAUGAGACCCAUGGAGAUCGAAAUGAGACCCUUAAUGAGACCCAUGGAGAUAAAAAUGAGACCCUUGGAGAUAAAAAUGAGACCCAUGGAGAUCAAAAGGAGACCCUUAAUGAGACCCAUGGAGAUCAAAAUGAGACCCAUGGAGAUCAAAAUGAGACCCAUGGAGAUCAAAAGGAUCCCGUUCUUACGGGUUUUGAGGACGACACUGUUGAUGCUUCUGCUGAAGGAGAGAACGCAUUACCUGUGGAGGACGAGCUUGUGGCCUCCCCUGAAACAGAAAACCAGCCUGUUUUAAUCCCUGUUGAACAUUCAAGCUCUAUAGGAACAGAGGGAGGAGUGCAUCAGAAUUCUUGUUUGGAGUCACCACUUAAACUGAAGACUUCAGACAUCAACGCGGAGACUGGAAAGAAAAAGGAUCAUGUAAAUGGAGAUGAGGUGGAAGAUGCGUCAUUUCUAUAUGACAGAUCCGGUGAGGAAUCCCAAACCUUCCUAGACGCUAACGCUGAAAACAACAUAAAGGGGUGCGACAUUCCCCAGGAGUCCAGCGAGAUGCCUGCAGCAGAGGAAGCAACCAAGUCAAGCAGAGGAGAUUCGGAAGACGGUGCCCCCCCCUCCCCUGAGGAAUCGAGGGGGGGCGUGGAUGAAGACGACCUGCCGACGGAGCAAAUCCUCCGGCCUAAGAAGAGCAGGACACCACCUGCGUUAUUGAGGGAGAUUGAUGAAGAUGGGAAUGAAACAGUCAUCAGCGAUCAUUCCACAUCUGCUGGGUUCAUCUUUCAAAACACCCUGAUGUUUGAGCUGGACUGAGGAAAGCGUGCAAACCUUUUUAAUGCCAGUAUUUAGAGGGAAUCUGCAGUGUGUCAAACAAUAGAACAUCUUCAUAUUUUCAAUACCUGACCUUUCUCUUCAGUAUUUUAAUGUAUGACAAAUUCAUCCCUUCCCAGAAAAAAAUACUUUAGACAAAAAGUUGUUACUUUUAUUUGAUUAAAUUCACAUUUAUAUACAAUUGUGGGUUGUAAUAAACAGUAAAACCAA